CAAUCAGAGCCGCAGAGUCACUCUCGGAGCUGCAAGUGAAGGAACUCACAACACAUUUUACGGAGGGCUGUCAGCAGGACACCGCGACCGGGUUUCUGCAGGCGCCUCGACUUGUCUUCACCGCUGAGAAUUAAAAAAAAAAAAAAAAAAAGAAAAGAAAAGAAAAACCCAGGAGAUAAGCAGCGGGCAAACCGGGGGCACAUGGAGACGCUAUGUAGCUGGAAUUACGGCCGUGGACUUUAUCGUUGUUUUACUUGAGAAAGAAGGAAAAGUGAGCAGCGAGAUAAACAUGCUCACCCCGAUACUGGCGUCCCUGCUGUCUCUUCUGCUUCUCAGUCGGAUUUCAUUUUGCCAAUAUUCAAGCGACCAGUGCAGCUGGAAGGGAAGUGGUCUGACCCAUGAGGGUCAUGCAAGGGACGUGGAGCAGGUGUACCUACGCUGCUCCCAGGGCUCCUUGGAGUGGCUCUACCCCACAGGGGCUAUCAUCGUCAACCUGCGACCCAACACAGCCUCUCCUGCUGCCGCCCGGCUCUCCGUCUGCAUCAAACCCUCCAGAGACUCCAGUGGCACCAACAUCUACCUGGACCGGACCGGGAAGCUGCGGCUCCUGCUGCGCGAAGAGGACCAGGCUCAGGGCAAGGUGCACUGCUUCAGCAUCCAGGAGGGAGCGCUCUUCAUCGAGGCAGUCCCGCAUAUGGAUAUCAGCCGCAGGAUCACAGCCUUCCAGUAUGAGCUGGUCAGUGACAGGCUAGGAGUGGAUGCACAGUCACCAUCGGUUCCCUGCCAGCCCUGCACCGACGCUGAGAUGCUUCUAGCAGUCUGCACCAGCGACUUUGUGGCACGAGGCAGCAUUACGAGGGUGGAGCAGGAAGAGGAGCAGUCAUCGCUUACUGUAGAGAUCAGCCGCCUGUACAGACAGAAGACCCAGGUAUUUGUAUCUGGGGGCGUGAGGGUGCGGACCUGGACUGGCCGGGUCAAGAUGCCCCUUCAGUGCAGGGUGAAGCCAGGUGGUGGGGAGUUCCUCUUCACUGGGACUGUGAGGUUCGGGGAGGCGUGGAUGGGCUGUGCGCCACGCUACAAAGACUUCCUCCGGCUGUACCAUGAGGCUGUGCAACAGGGGGCCAACCCCUGUCACGUCGACACGGACUGACUCGGGUUACCUGACCGUGUUGGAAAUGGGACAAGUCCUUGCUGGAUGGGGGACCAAGCCAAACUUUGAUACUGAGGAGAGAAAGGGCUACAAUCACCUAGACUGACAGGCCGGCCCGGUCCGAGAGCCUCUCUCCUCUCCUACUGUCUCACGACCUGCUCGAGACAGAAACUGGAGCUCCUGAAUGUUACCAAGCAGCGUGGUUGGACUUGUUGUCAAAGCUAACCGUGAUGCAACAUGGAAUAAUGUCCGAACUGCCAUUUUUGCAGACUCCUAGUUUUUUAAUGUAGCACACCCUCUCCCUUUGUUUUAUGUGUAUAAAAUGUGAAUGAACAUUGUAUAUUUGGAAGCUCCACAUGCUUUGUAAAAAGCUUGAUGUACAGUUUUGAAGUUAUUUCUUAAGACAGAAAUGUAUAAAGUGAAAGACUGUUGUUAUUUUAUUUUGUUAAAAAAGAUGUGAUUUAAUGCCUGAAUUCAUGUGCUUUUCAGGUUAUAUAAUUGUUUUUAAAAAAAAAAAGAAGAAGAAGAACUUUUUUUCCCCUCUGAGAAUAAAAGGUUUUAUUCCUUGGA